AUGAUCCUUCAUGAGGCAUGGAUACCCAAAUGGAACAUUACCUACAUGCGCUGGACAAUCGCUGCCAGUGUACCGGUGGCUUGGUAUUUGCUUGGACGCCGUCGCCGUGCCGACACGGGCCAGGACCGCACCGACUUCGACGGGUUCCUCAAGGUGGUGGAGGACGUCGGUUCAACUGGCAGCCAACCCGAGCCUGCGAAAAGAAGCGGCACCAUCGACUCGUUCUACAAGGACGCUGGCGCGCAGGAAGAUGUGAGGAACCCCUUGGAUUUUAACAGCUUCCUUCUUAGCAACAAGCCCCGGCCGGAAGCCCAAGCAGUCCCCAAGGACGCUCGGCGUGCCGGUGCAACGGAACAGUGUUCUGGGCCUAAACCGGAUAUGAAGCCAGUGACUGUCCUCUACGGUACGGAGUACGGUUUCUCCAAGGAGAUUGCGGAAAAACUCUGUCGUCAACUGCAAGCGGCUGGUAAUAUCUGGCCGCUGCUAGAGAAUAUGGCCGACCAUCCGAAUGGCUACGAUUUCGCAAAGACUCAGGUCGCCUUGGUGGCCUGCUCCACGCAGGGUGACGGAGUACCUCCCACGGAGGCACGCGACUUCUGUGAAUGGCUCUUUACAGGCAAAGCGGGAAGCCUUGCCCACAUCAAGUUCGCCGUGUGCGCGCUCGGUGACAAGCCCUUUGCGCGCCCAAUCUGCACGUUGCUAGGGGUGCUCUUACCGGGACACUCAGACAUUCGUGACACGGCUUACAGGUCUUAUACACACUUCUGCCGGUGCGGCAAGCUGCUGGACGCCGCCUUUGAGACGGCAGGUGCACAACGACUGAUCGACCGAGUGGACGUGAACAAGGAGGAUUGGUCCGUGGUGGACAGCUGGCUGGCGGCCGUGGUCACUGCUGUGAAAGGCCUAGCCUUGCAAAGCUUUUCUGAUCUGAGCAUAGCUAUCUCGGCACCGGCUGGUGGCGACAAGGGCUCCGCGCCUAAGAAGUGGGGGAAAAGCCGGCCCUAUUUCGGAACGGUGCUUGCGCUGGAGGGGCUAUGCGUCUUGACUGACAACGACGAUAAGAACACAGUGCGCAUGGAGGUGGACCUGGGCGACUCGGACCUUACAUACCUGCCUGGCGACGCGCUGGGCCUUUAUCCCACCAACGAUGCUAAGGCUGUACAGGAGCUCAUACGCGUCAUGGCAGCAUCGCCGGCCGAGGUGGUCCCGGCUCCGAGCUGGCAUUACGAAGAUAACGACGGGCGGCGGGACGCCAUGCCGCUUGCGGAGGCCCUGGCCAAGUGCUACGAUAUCCGGUGUCCGAAGCCGGAGCUUCUCAAGCUGCUGGUUGCUGCCCUCGACUCGGUUACUCAAGGGAACGGUCAUGGGACCAAUGCGGCGGAUGGCCACAUCCCCAUUGAUGAGCUCGCUGUUGGGCGCCAUGAGCAGCUGCGACGCGCGCUUGCCGGCAGCACGGCUAUGGAUCAGUACCUUUCACCGCGGCACGUGGUAGACGUGCUGGAGGACGCUGCACCUGCAGUACUGAGCACUUCGCAGGUCCUGUCCUGCUUGCGCCAGCUGCAGCCUCGGCUCUACUCGAUCUCGUCGUCGCCGUUGGAGGACCCUCGUCGUGUGCAAGUGACGGUGGCGGAGGUCAAGUACAAGAGCCUGGACAAGGCGCGCAUCGGCGUAUGCUCCACCAUGAUUUCCGAACGUCUGGAGGUCGGCUCCUGUGUGCCUGUAUACGUGCACAAGAACCCCGACUUUAGGCUGCCGCAAAGUGCGGCCACGCCCAUCAUCAUGGUGGGUCCGGGCACGGGCCUUGCGCCGUUUAGGUCCUUCAUCAUGCAGCGACUGCUGGAGCAGCAGGACAACGAGCCGCUGGGCCCCAUGGUGCUGUACUUUGGCUGCCGACGCCGCGACCAAGACUAUCUGUACGGCAAAAUCCUAGAGAGCUGGUCUUCGGAGGGCAAGAUUACGUUGUUUACCGCCUUCUCCCGCGAACAGCAUGGGCUUGCGCUGGACAGGGGUCUUACGGUAUGCGCGCAGGAUGUGAACGUGCUGCGUGUUGGCGCGAAGCCAAGGCUGGCGGUUUUAGAUCGUACGUGUUGUGCGGCAGGUCAGGUGUUGUGCAGUAGGUGUUGUGCGGCCCGACUUUGGUUUGAGGCGCCCGUGUGGACUUUUUGCCUGAAUUGCAUGGGACCGAACGCUUUGAGCACCUGGAGUGACGUGGACCUGAGAG